AUGCCUGUCAUAGGGACGAGUGUUGAAGCCGACGUUGACGACAUCGGCCGAUAUGCUGGUGGCGCCGUGACGGGGACGCUGGUGCUGUCUAUGAAGAACGACAUCUCUAACCCUGAGCUGUGUCAGUUGACGGAGCAGGAGGCACAAGACAUCCUCCUUACAGAGGAAGGACUAGCCUUAGAUAUACAUAUUUUGCAUUUGUCCAUCACCGGGGAGACAAGUACAGAGGAACUGGAUGCAGAGGAAACCUCUACUGGGACCGCGCCCUCACCUACCGUGACAGUUCCAGACACACCUGGCGGGAAGUGUCCAACCUUUGUGAAGGGGACCGGUGGCAACCCGAAGACAGGCCCCAUUGUGUACAGCACUCCCCCCUACUGUCUCGACGUGAGGGUGGAGGGGGACACGUGCUUUCUGGAAAAUGAAUAUGUCAAGGUCGUUGAUCUGAAACAGACAAAAAACGAAACGAAGACUGAGGUUGUUAGCUUCAAAUGCUCUGAUGGGUAUGACGACGCCAUCAACGAGGCCAGCAACCCCGUCCUCGACGCCCUCUUCUACGGCACAGCAACUUUCAAAAUGUUUGAAGACUGGUAUGACACCAAACCGCUGAACAUCCAACCAUCAUGGCUUCUUGUUCAUUACGGUUACGUGACUGAUAACGCUUUCUGGAACGGGGAGAGGAUGUUGUUUGGGGAUGGAAACCUAGACAAUACUUAUCCCGUUGUGGGACCUGAUGUCAUAGGUCAUGAGCUUGGACAUGCGAUAUCAGAGCAGAACUCUGAGUUAGAGUACUCUGGACAGUCUGGCGGGAUUGAUGAAGCCUUCUCUGACAUUGCAGGAGAAGUUGUAGAGGCCUACGUUAGAACAACUGACUGGAUGGUCGGAUUCGAUUUAUCAAAGUCAGAAACUGAAGCGCUGCGAUAUUUUGAAGACCCCACCAGGGAUGAAGUUUCAAUUAAAGAUGCUAACAAUUUUGAAAUCGACAUGGACGUCCACUACAGCAGCGGCGUCUUCAACCACGCCUUUUACCAGAUUGUUGUAGCCGGCAUGGUCCCCAUCAAAUACGCGUUUGAGGGUUUUCUUAUCGCCAACAGGUUGUACUGGAAGGAAGAUACUGGGUUCGUCGAUGGCGCAUGUUCAACUAUCCGUGGCGCUUACGAUGCCGGCUUGGAUACCGAUAUAUACAGCUCAGCCUUCACAGCUGUUGGGAUUAAUGCUUGUCCUUUGACCAGGUUUCUUCAGAUGCUGAUCCCCUCAAUCGAACACCCCAACAUCCGGGUAUCGAGUAUCCGUCAACCGCUGUUUGGCAUCAAGACCAAAGACACAACAAAGAAGAUCGUUGUGGAAGCUGUCAGUGGGACCGAAGCGGAUGUGAAGCUGGCGCUGUCGAGGACGGAGUCCCGAAGUAACCCUGACGCUUCAGGGACUGGGAGGGUUGAACUGCCAGUUUCGGGGAUAGCUUUGUACUACGUCCGCAUCUUCACAGACUCCGUCGACGAGAUAGAUGACGUCAGGGUCACUUUGAAACUGGAAUAAAUUACAA